AACACAGAGAGCAGGUUUCUUUCUGUGCUUGAACUUUGAACCUACCAGACGUUUAUUUUUGAAAGUAAAAUUUCCGAAUACUCCUUAAAGUUAACUCAUUUAUAUGAGACACAUUAACUGGCGACGAGGAAAAUUGUGAACGCGUGUGACUUCGGUGUGCAAAUUGGCAGAACAACUAUCCAACAACAGUGGUGGUAUUCAUCGCAGAUAGAGGAUUUUUUUCAACGUCGGUGGCAGAAAUCUGUACGGACUAAGAGUCAAGGAAGUAGCUAGAUUGCAGGAUUUUAUUAUCUACAUCCGGACUAUUUUCGGAUUGGUUAAGAUUUAGCGUUAAAACCGUAAGUACACCGUGUAGAAAAAACCGUAGAAAGUGAAUCGGAAGCGUUUGAAAGUGAUAAAUAUUCUACCAGUGGAAACCAUUUUGUUUGGUAGCGUCGGUUUUAUUUUAGGGUGCUGCACAUAUUUCGGUUCAAGUGCCAUAUAUGAAUAUUUUUUUUUAUUAAUAUAGAAAAUAAAUGUCUGGCUUAUUGGCUAGGGUGGUGUUCCUAUUAUUAUAUUUAAUUUAAAUUUUAAUAUUUUGUGGUUUUAAAUUUUUUUUUAUAUGACAUAAUUAAGAGUGUUAUUUUUUAUAUUCCCUUUAGAUACAAGAAUUUCCUUGGAGGUGUCACGAGUGAUAAAUUACAUAAAUUCAAUAAAUAGCUAAAUUGGCACUGGCUACGACCGUUGGAGUUUAAAGUUUUAGACGGAGAUAUUUAAGGAAUCUUGUUUUCGUUAAAGGUGCCAGUAUAGAAUUUUAGGUGACGCUUAAAGUAAGCCAUUUUGGUUUUAUUUUCUCUUGUUACUGGUUUUAAUUGUUUCUAUUGUGACUGACCUUUCUACACGAUGGCGCAGAUGAGUGUAUCCGCCAUGAUUGAGCCUUACCGUAAAGGAUCAUCCUUUUCGGAUUGAUCUGAAAGAUUGGGCUACUUUUUUGUUAUGAACAAUGUUCCUGAUGAAGCUAAGAAAGCGCAUUUUAUAACCCUUAGUGGUCCUUCCGUAUUUUCUGAGCUUAAAUUACUAUUUCCGAAUACGGAUUUAGCUCAAAUAUCUCUUGACACAAUGAUUAGCAAGCUGAAAUCGCGUUUUGAUAAAACAGAGUCGGAUAUUAUACAGCGUUUUAAAUUCAAUAACAGGAUACAAAAUCCAGAUGAAUCCGUUGAAGAUUUUGUGCUUUCGAUCAAGCUUCAAGCGGAAUUUUGUAAUUUCGGGAAUUUUAAAGAAUCAGCAAUACGGGAACGCAUUGUUGCCGGAUUGAGGGAUAAAGUACUUCAGCAACGGUUGCUAAAUGAAGAAAAUUUAACGCUGGAUUCAGCAGAAAAACUAAUCGCGACCUGGGAGAUGGCAGGGGCCAACGCGCGAACAUUGGGUAUUGCCUCUAAUGAGGAACAAAUCGCUUCUAUGAGACAGAAUGAACCAAAUAAAGGCGGUUACGCUUAUAAAAAGUUAGCAAAGAUAUAUAACAGAGCUCAAGCUGAAUUAAACCAGUCUCAAAGAUUUGAGAAUAGAGGCUCGGUGAAGGAUCGAUUGGGUUUCAAACCGUAUAAACAGUCUAAUGCAAUGGCGAAGGAAGAGAGGACAAUGCAUAAAACAACAUUCAAGCCAGCUGGUUGGAGAAACAAUCAGGAUACGUACCGUCCGGAAAGCAGGAUUUGCGAUUACUGUGGAAUUCGAGGACAUCUAAAGCGGAAGUGCUUUAAGCUAAAAAAUUCAAGGAAGGAGGCAGUGAAGUUCGUGGACUCUGCAGAACCUGGGCCAAGUACAUUGAGCGAGCUGUUCAGCCGUUUCAGACCACAUGAUUCGGAAAGUGAGGAUGAAAAAAAUUCAGAUACAUGUUGGAAGCGUGGAAAUCAUGGCUCAUCGAGGCCAACUUCGAGUCGCUAACCCAAGGAACGCCAGUGUUCGGCCAAACGUGGUCAUUUCUACGUUUGCUCAGGAUUUGAAAACAAGGAAGAGUAGAGAAGAAAGUGAUGAGGAGUUUCGUGGAUUCACGAUUGAUGAGCAGCGGCGAGGAAGAAAGCGGAAGCACUAUGAAGCAGGGAAUAAUUCUCAGAUGCCGCCUAUCAGGCGUUCGAAACGUAUAAAGAAGAAUUUGAUUUUUGAAGACUUUGUAUAUUCAAAGUGAUCGAUUGGUUCCAAAGGGAACAAAUUUCAUAUGGUUAUUUUUGUUAAACAUAAUAGUAAGGCUAGAAAAUAGCAAGAAUUAUAUAAAAAAAUAUAAAUUGAUUAUUGUCAAUUCGAUUGGUUAUGUAAAAAGUUAAGAAGGAAGAGCUGUUGUAUCAGCGUCCUGUUUUGGUUCAGUGCAGAACUAUCAAAAUAAGUUUAGAUUAAAUUUAGUGUGUAACACUAUAACAAUAACAAAAGGUGAAAUGAAUACAGAACACA